UUUUAAAUUGUUGCAAAAUUUAGUUCACAAAUUAAUUCGAAUCUCUUCAUCCUUGAAGGCAGAUACGGUAUGACUAAGCAUAUUUUUAAAACUGGGUUAAACCCCCCUGUUUCCUCCCCUCCCAAAAGGAGCUAUUGUACAAAAGCAGGCAGGACUUCAGGCUCCUUGCUAAUUUGCGAGGCAUUUCUCACAAUUACCCAGCAGAGAAGUUACACCUGGACAUCCACAAAGUUCAUCUUCCUUCUACGCUGAGCUUGAGACUCUGAAGAAUUUCCCAAAAGAUGGCAGGGAAACCUAAACUGCACUACACUCGAGGAAGAGGAAAAAUGGAAUCUAUCCGCUGGCUACUUGCAGCAGCCGGAGUUGAGUUUGAAGAACAAUUUCUAGAAAAGAAUGAAGAUUUGGAGAAGUUGCGGAGGGAUGGAUGCCUGCUUUUCCAGCAAGUGCCCAUGGUGGAAAUUGAUGGGAUGAAGCUGGUGCAAACGCGAGCCAUUCUCAGCUAUAUUGCAGCAAAAUACAAUCUCUACGGGAAGGAUUUGAAAGAAAGAGCACUGAUUGACAUGUAUGUGGAAGGAACCACUGAUCUGAUGGGAAUGAUAAUGAUGCUUCCUUUACAGCCUGCUGAAAAUAAAGAAAAGCAAAGAGCCUUGAUUAUUGAAAGAGCUACAACCAGAUAUUUUCCAGUAUAUGAGAAGAUUUUGAAAGACCAUGGACAAAAUUUUCUGGUUGGUAACCAGUUUAGUUGGGCAGAUGUUCAUCUCUUGGAAGCUAUCUUAAUGGUUGAAGAGUUCAAGUCUGAUGCUCUCACUAAAUUUCCUCUGCUGCAGGCUUUCAAAACAAGAAUAAGCAAUAUCCCUACAAUAAAGAAAUUCUUGCAGCCUGGAAGUCAAAGGAAACCUCCACUGGAUGACAACAUGCUGGCACAAAUAAAAAAAGUAUUCAAUUUGUAAAGGGUUUUUCCAAAUACUGACAUAUUUCUACUAACAUGUUUUUUCCCAAUAUAUUGCUGAUUUUAACUGACCCUAUUAUUCGAAAGAUAAACUAAGUAAAAUUGCAAUUCCUUUUAGUUUUAUAAUCAGUAAAAUCAAUAAUUUAGAUGAAAAAGAUUUUUGAAGGCCUUGCAUCUAAAAUUAUUGUGUAUAAUGCUGUUUUUUUUUCACACCAGCAAAUAAAUUCUAUCUUACCCCCCAGGAUAUUAUGUUAUUGCAGUUUGUACCUUUAAAAAAAGCCCCAGUGAUUCCUUAUUUGUAAUGCAUUAACUCCUGUCUCUGUAGUUGCUACUAUGUAAAAUGGAACUCUGCACAUCUUUACAGAAGUUAAUCCUGUCGAUUUAGAGCAAUGCAUUCUAGCCUACAAACAUUUCUCUACUAACGAAUCUUCAAAUUGCAAACUUUUGCUGAUGUGAACAAAUCAGUCCGCACUUGGGGGUUGGAAAAUGGACAAGUUUGUUAUGGCAAAAACACAUGUGGCACACUGGAAACCCGUCCCCCUCCUGACCCCUGGGACCCUCUAGGGUGGAGCUGCGGACAGACACAACACAGUUCUCACCCCACAUAAACGGUAGCAUUGCAGAAGAAUCUGACUUGGGCAGCAGCGGUGGGGAAGACAGGAAAGGGCCAGCUUCUAGUGUGCCACAUACAUUAAGAGCCAUGAUGGCACAGUGGUUAGAAUGCAGUAUUGCAGGCUGAUUCAGCCCACUGCUAGGAGUUCGAUCCUGACUGGCUCAAAGUUGACUCAAUCUUCCAUCCUUCUGAGCAGUAAUGGGUUCCACUUACCUUCGCUACCGGUUCAGAACCGGGAGCGUGCACAUGCACAGAACCUUCUGCGCAUGUGCAGAGCGUCCAUGACGAUGUCCGGGUGGGUGGGGGGAACCUCCUGCUGCCGCCACUACCAGUUUGCCCUGGUUUGGGGCGAAUUGGUAGAAACCCACCACUGCUUCUGAGGUCUAUAAAAUGAGGAGCCAGGUUGUUGGGGGCAAUAUGCUGGCUCUGUAAACUGCUUGGAGAGUGGUGUAAGGCACUAUGGAGUGGUAUAUAAGUCUUAGUGCUAUUGCUUUUACUAUAAUAUGAGGCAUGCCAGAAACUGACUCUCUCCCUCCAUGCCCUCUCCGGCCACCACUCAAAGCCCCAGACUGCUAUCCGUGUGAGGCAAGAUCUGUAAUACACAUAUUUUUAAGCUUGCUGGAUUUAUGAACUAAAUAGACUUACAAACAACCUCCUGGGACACAAGUAGAGUCAUAUCUGAAUUUGUUGGUAUCCUUUGACCAUUUGUUACCUCUGUAUAUAGUUCAUUAAUUUAUACUAAUCACAGCAGGUGGCACCAUCUUUUAAAAAAAAUUUUAAUUACAUUUCUCAGUGCUUAAUAUACAUCAUGUUGUCUGGGUAUUUAAUUCGCUUAACAAUACAUAUUACAUCCUUAAUCUCCACUUCUUUUUUCCAACCACUGAUAAAAUAGAUUCCAUGUUUGAUAAUAUUCUACAUAUUCUUUCUGUUUCAUUUUUAAUGUCCAUUUCUGCAUACGCUAGUAUCUUAAUUAUUUCUUUGUCAUGGUGUUUAUUUUUCCAGCAUUGCACAAAUACAAUCCUUGCUGCUGUCAAGAUGUGCAAUAUUAAAUACAUAUUUUUCUUAUCAAGUUUAUCUGAUAUUAUACCUAAUAAAAAUAGUUCAGGUUUAAAAUCUA